AUGCAGAAAUUGACGUUUCUAAAGCUGUUGGCUACAAUGAAUGGAGUGCUACUUCGUCGUGGCGCUCUAGCCUGGAUGUCACCCAUUGUUCGGACAACAACAAGAGCAGCACCUUUGUCACGUCGCCCUUUCCAUCCCACAAGUCCGAAAUUGCUGACAACUCGACGGAAUGCAUGGGAAGAUGACGAAGAAGAAGAAGGUUGGGGAGGUGAAAGAAUCAUUCGACCAAGCAAACGACAACAACAGCCAUCCACAAGAUCAAGUUAUAGUGAUGAUAGAUCCUCGUCGUGGGAUAGAGAUGAUUCACAAAGGGAUCGUCGCCCUCCAAGGAAAUUCCAAAACGAUCGGCAACAACAGCGCGGUGGUGGUGAUUGGAGGAGGAGAAAAGGAGAUUUUGACUCUUCCAACAACAACGGACGAGGCAACAAUAACAACAACAACAAUCGUUGGGACCGAAAUAAUAACAAUAGUCAGAAACGAAGAGCCAAGUCAGAAGAGACCAAGAUUGACAUGAAAGGGCUAGAGGCAGAAGGAUUUGUACACCUCUACGGAUUGGCACCCAUUUUGAGCGCUUUAAAGUCCAAUCAACGAGACUUUUCCCCUCGAGAGUCGCUGGAUGAUUUAGUCAGUGCGAGGUUUCAAGAGCGGGAUGAUAACUAUGUCAUUGAUGAAGACGAUGACUUUGCCUUUGAAAAUCCAAAUCCACAGGAGAAAAAAGCCGAUACCAAACCAGAAGCCCAAUUCACUCCCUGGCUGUUCCUUCAAGAUCGAUCCGCGGGUGGUGGCAGUAGUGGUCGUACUGGAGAUAAAAUGGCGGCCGCUUCCGAAGUGCAACAAUUGGCAGAAGAGUUGGGGAUCCCUGUUGCUUAUUCGGACAAGGGAUCACUCAAUGCUCUCAGUGGCAAUCGACCACAUCAGGGCUUUGUACUGCGAUGCGGCCCGCUUGAGUUUGAGCGGUUGUCCCGAAUUCCACACCCUUCGACAACCAGUGAGCCUCUACCCAAACUUUGGUUGGUCCUGGACGAAGUGGUGGAUCCACAGAAUCUUGGUGCCUUGCUACGCUCUUGCUUCUUUUUGGGAGGCAACAACAGUAGCCGCAUGGGGAUUCUCGUGUGUUCCAAAAACUCGGCACCACCCUCACCGGUCGUCAGCGCGGCCAGUGCGGGCGCAUUGGAGUUGCUAAAUGUCUACAGCACCAACAGUUUGCCACGAACACUCGCAGCUGCGAAAGAGGAUGGGUUUCGCAUCAUUGGCGCAGCCUCGUCGAAGCCACGAGGAUUGGAGGAGGAUGACAGCAUUCCGUUGUACGACUUGCAGAACCUUCCCUUGAACCACAACAGCGAUGAGGAUGACAAUCGACCCACUCUUCUCGUGCUCGGUUCCGAAGGACAUGGUUUGAGAACCUUGGUAGCCAAACUCUGCACAGAGUUUGUGCGAAUUCCUCGGGGUGAUUCAUUAAGUGGAAUGGAUGUGGACCACGACGAAGAAGAAACAGGCGGCGAUGGCUCGGUGGAUUCUCUCAACGUCAGUGUGACUGGUGGCAUUUUGCUGUGGCAUUUGCUGUAUGGCGCCGGUGGGGCUGAGGCAUAA